AUGACUUCACAAAAAGCAAAUACAUCGUUCAUUCGUAAAAUGUUUUUCAAACUAAUUGUUGCCCUUCUGGUCGCUCUCGAAUCGAUACAAGCCAUACCUAUGCAAGUUUAUUCCAAUGCUAUAUUUAUUCCAAACAUCGCUACUAGUACACUGAACAGUCUAUCGCCUAUAACAUCGUUGAGUAUAUGUGAAUGUCAGUGUUAUAGUAAUAGUCAAUGUAUUACUGGCAAUUAUUUUACUAUUCGGCAGCAGUGUGAUCUGUAUAAUGCAAAUCUUUCGCAAGGACAAUUAACAAUAAUGAUUGAUACUCCGGCAGUGGUAUUUACCUUUCUGAAUAUGACGACGACGACGACGACGGAGACUGGAAAAGAGCCACUUAAUCCGCCAGUUAUUAUUCAGUGGUUAUUCGAUGGAAAUCUGAACGAUGUAUAUGGAUUAUAUAAUGGUUUUGUGGAGUGGAAAAAGGACGCUACAGACGCUGAUAAAACUGAAUUGUGGUCAUCACCUGGUUAUGCUGGAUAUAGCAGUACUGUGAAAUUUUCGAAUUCAUAUGGAGUUGUGAGUAGGAAUCUCGAUUUAACAACAACUAGUUUUACAGUUACUGCAUGGAUUUGGAUUACCGAUGCUUACAACGCGUCGAGUGACAUAGAUAUUUAUUUUUUGUUAUUUUUGCAUUGUGCCCAAGCUGCUGCAGACCGGUGUUUAUCUUUGUCAGUGAAAAAUGGUUUUGUUACCAUGAGUUUCUUUUUCGAUGAUUUAAGUGGCAACAACCCACUACAAGUCAAUCAAUGGUAUCAUGUUGCUUUUCAAUAUGAUCGAUCUAACUCGAAACAAGUGAUUUACUUAAAUGGAGUAUUUGAAGGUAGCAGAGAAACCGUGGGAUCAUAUUCUGAAAACACCCCACCAAUACUGUUCGGUUCCACACCUCAAGACACUUUGUACACAUUUCGUAAUGGCCGUGUCGAUAAAUUAACAUUUGUGUCACGUCUGAUGACUGAGAGCGAACUUCUUGACGAGGCAACCCUUGUUUCCUAUUAUCCAUUCGAUGGUUCAUAUAAUGAUAUGGGUCCGAAUAACAUUCAGAAUGUCUACAGCCAGUCGACAAAAUUUGAUUCCGACGGUAAAAUAAAUCAAGCAUUACAGAUGAAUGGUUCAUCUACAGCAUGUUUUCGAACAGAGGGUUUCUAUUAUUUGGGACAAACGAACUAUAGUUUUUCAUUUUCAUUGUGGAUUUUUCCCUAUGCAGCCGCUGGCCUUAUUCUUCAGGUCAACUCUCCAAAAGCUUGGUGCGUGCCGAUGAUCAAUUUUGAUUCAGGAUAUUUAGUGAUUCAGUCCUUGAGUGUCGAAGGAACUUACAUCGCUUCAACUCCCUUCAAAAGCGAUCUGUUAAACACAUGGGUGCAUAUUAGUAUGACUUAUUCGGUCAAUAAUGGCAUUCGUCUCUAUAUCAAUGGCGAACUGAAGAGUGAAAAUCUUGCGUACACAGAUUAUGCAGCUAGUAAUCAGAUAAAUUCGAUCACUCUAGGAACCUGCGAUUUAUCAACGACAUACAGUAAUGGCGAAGACAACAUGGCUCCAUCUAAUCAAUAUCAAGGAAAGAUUGAUGAAUUGAAGAUCUUUUCUCGUGAAUUAACAGCAGAUGAGAUUUGUCAACUCGUCACAGGAUCUUCCUGUAAGACAACAUUGACCGAAAAUGGUAGUUUUAUCUCGUCUUGA